AACAAGGUGUACGUAUCACGGUAUGCUGUUACAAACGGUCUAUCGAUUCAUGUUUUGAUUUAAGCUUUAAUGGUUGUUUGUGAAUGGAGUUUAGUGUGUAACUUAUCUACUGUUAAAUCGUUUAAUAUUUUUGGCAUAACAUUCUGUGACUUUGGUCGAAACAGCUGUUUUGUGGUGGUAUGAUUUCGAUGAUUUCAAAUUGUGUUUAAUAAUAAGAUUUAUAAGAAUUUGAUCUGUUCGUUGGAAUUAAAUUUUGUGGAUUGACAUAACAAAAAAUCCACGAUUUUUUGUUAUUGUUGGGUUUAACGUCAGGCGGACACUAUAUUUGAUCAUAUGGCUACAUACAUUCUAGCCUUGAUGAUGGAGGAAGACCCCAGGUGCCCAUCCCUGCGUUAUUUCAUCACAGUCGGGCACCUGGGUAGAACCACCGACCUUUCGCAAGCCAGCUUAUAACUUCACAGUAUAUGCCGAAUCAUAUUACAUAGCCUUAGACUAAAAUACAGGUCAGAGCUUGAUCCUAAGGGUUUCAAGUGUUCGAUAUGACUUGAUAUACGCUUCGCCGAAAUGCAUCUAUUUACCAGAAGAUGAAGCUUUCAGUUAUUUGCAGAAUAUUCUGUUAUCAGUUUACUAAUUGCAAUUACGUGUUUGAACUGAAGUUUAAAGAAAAAUUGUUUUAGAUCCUACAAAACAAUUCCACAAACGUUACUUUUAAUUUUGGCAAAUGCUCAUAUAUAUCAUAAGCAGGUAUUAGUAUUAUUUCAAGCAGUGGAGACUACAGUAUUAAUGAACAUUGCUUUACUGGAUAUUGGAAUUUAAUGCGUAUUACGUCAGUCGCCGGCUGUGGCGAGCGAGAUGUUUGUAUGUUCUCAAUAAAGUAUUGAUUAUGAACAUUCUUCUGGGCUGAAAUGCUACAUUGUAUGUCGCAUUUCCCGAUUUGGAUUUAAUUGAACAGGAAUUUAUGGAAUGUCAUUUGCUUUAAAACAUGUCGGACAUCCUGGUUGUAUUGCCGCCGUUAACGACCGAUAACUGUGUUCUAUUUGCAAAAAACUCCGACCGACCACCGACAGAAGUUCAAGAAGUCGUUUACUUUCCGUCGGUGGAUCAUGCAACGGGAUCAAAACUUCACUGUACUUUUAUUGAAAUCGACCAGGUGAGCCAUACACAUGCGAUAGUACUGAGUAAGCCCGCUUGGUGCUGGGGCGCCGAGAUGGGAGCAAAUGAGCAUGGUGUUUGUAUCGGUAACACCGCCGUAUGGACAAAAUUAUGCCACCCUGGUGACCAUGAGGAGAAACUUACUGGCUGUGAUUUUGUCAGGCUAGGCCUAGAAAGAGCAAAAACAGCAAGGGAAGGCGUUGAUGUUGUAACUAACCUACUGUCUGAGCAUGGACAAGGGGGUAUAUGCACUGAGGACCAUAAUUUUGGGCAAUGGACCUACCACACUGCCUUUGUGUUAGCAAACAAAAAAGAAACAUGGCUACUUGAAACUACGGGAAAGUUUUGGGCAGCGAAACAAGUGAAAUGUUAGUCAAAUUAUAUGUAAUUAGAUUUAUUUGACCGCUAAAACACACAAUGUCAUGUAUGUCCAAAUCAGACUUUGAUAUUUUUGUUUGGUUUGUUGUUUGUUUUAAAUCUAACCGACACAGUUUAAAUCAUAAAGCAAUUUUCAAGCUUUAAUACAACAACUACAACAGCAACGACAAUGGAAGAAGACGCACGAUGCCAGUUCGGACAUUAUUUCGG